CUAAACUUCUGAGUUCUACUCCUCCGCCACUAACGGUUCCGCCAUGUCUAUCAAAACCACCAGAGUCACCUACCGCACCAGCAGCGCAGCCCCCCGCUCCGGCGGCUUCAGCAGCUACUCGUACAGCGGGGCCCCCGCAGCCAGCAGAGCCAGCACUGCCUCCUUCAGCCUGGGAUCCAGCUAUGGGGGCUCCAGCAUUGGGGGCUCCAGGUUCGGGAGUGGCUACAGGAGCGGGUUUGGGGGUGCAGGUGUGGGCUCUGCAGGGAUCACAGCGGUCAGUGUCAAUCAGAGCCUGCUGGCACCCCUCAACCUGGAGAUCGACCCCACCAUCCAGCAGGUCAGGACCGAGGAGAAGGAACAGAUCAAGACUCUCAACAACAAGUUCGCCUCUUUCAUUGACAAGGUGCGUUUCCUAGAACAGCAGAACAAGAUGCUAGAAACCAAGUGGAGUCUCCUGCAGAACCAGAAGGCCACACGCAGCAACAUGGACGCCAUGUUUGAGGCCUACAUCGGCAACCUGAGGCGCCAGCUGGAUGGCCUGGGCCAAGACAAGAUGCGCCUGGAGUCUGAGCUGGGAAAUAUGCAGGGCCUGGUAGAGGACUUUAAGAACAAAUAUGAAGAUGAAAUCAACAAGCGCACAGAGCUGGAGAAUGAAUUUGUCCUGCUGAAGAAGGAUGUGGAUGAGGCCUAUAUGAACAAGGUACAGCUAGAGGCACGCUUGGAGGCCCUGACAGAUGAGAUUAACUUCCUGCGUCAGCUGUAUGAAGAGGAGCUGCGCGAGCUGCAAUCCCAGAUUUCCGACACUUCCGUCGUGCUGUCUAUGGACAACAACCGCAGCCUUGACCUCGAUGGCAUCAUCGCAGAGGUCCGAGCACAGUAUGAAGAUAUUGCCAACAAGAGCCGUUUAGAAGUCGAGAGCAUGUAUCAAGUUAAGUACCAAGAACUGCAGGCAUCAGCUGGUCGCCAUGGUGAUGACCUGAAGAAUACCAAAGCCGAGAUUAGUGAACUGACCCGCUACACCACAAGGCUGCAGUCUGAAAUUGAUGCACUCAAAGCACAACGUUCAAACCUUGAGGCACAGAUCGCAGAGGCCGAGGAACGUGGAGAGCUGGCAUUGAAGGAUGCCAGGACCAAGCUGGCUGAGCUGGAGGCUGCUCUGAAGAAUGCCAAGCAGGACAUGGCUCGCCAACUGCGCGAAUACCAGGAACUGAUGAAUGUGAAACUGGCCCUUGAUAUUGAGAUUGCCACCUACAGGAAACUGCUGGAAGGAGAAGAGAGCAGACUGGAAUCAGGCUUUCAGAACCUAAGUAUUCAGACCAAGACUGUAUCAGGAGUUUCCAGUGGUUACGGUGGUGGAAUUUCCAGUGGUUACGGUGGUGGAAUUUCUAGUGGUUACGGUGGUGGAAUUUCCAGUGGUUACGGUGGUGGCUACUCUUCCUACUCCAGCAAUGUGAGCUCUUUACCAUUGGAGACAUCCAAGACAAGCAAGCGUAGCAUUGUAGUGAAGACAGUGGAGACCAAGGAUGGGAGAGUGCUGUCAGAAUCCUCAGAUGUUUUCUCAAAACCAUGAGCACUUUAACCUUUGCUGUCCCACAGCCUGGGCUCUGAAAGAUGAGCCUCCUUUAAGGCAGAAAUCAGGAAGGAUUCCUUGGGUAGAUGUUCUUCACCCAUUCUCACUGAUCACCCCAAGCAUGCUAAAUGUCAAGCAAGCUGGCCCAAAUAACACUAACACCCCCCCCCCCCCACACACACACACACAGGUCUAAAACUGACAUUUGAUGGUGCUUAAAAUUAAAUAAAAAUGUAUUUGAGUCAUAGGUGGAAAUUCCUUGAAUUACCUUUCUGCUGUCUUCAUGUCCCAAAGCACCUUCAUCUGAUUCCCUCCCAGCAGGUUCAACUUAAGGCGAGUUCAGCCGAUUGUGGGCAAAGUUCUUCUCCUAAUACUUCUUUCUCUUUGGCUUCAUGUGCAAUUUUCAUGCCUUUCAACUUAGUGUUUGCAAGAAAAAUACUACCAUACUAGCACAUUCUAGCACCGUGCCUUAUGGUCCAUCAUUUUGUGGUGGAUUCUGGAAGUGCCUACAACAUGUGGGUGUUUUCGCAUAACUCUUUUAAAAUAAAGUUGUUUUUUUUGUUUAAAA